CUCCCACUGCGUCCCGGCACCGCCUUGUCCCAGGCUCCUUUGCGGGUAAACAGACAUGGCCGACGAGGAAGAUCAGCCGGACGCUGCGCACAACAUGGGCAACCACCUGCCGCUGCUGCCUGCAGAGAGUGAUGAUGAGGAAGAUGAAAUUGAAAUGGAAGUUGAAGACCAGGAUAGUAGAGACGCUAGGAAACCGAACAUCAUAAACUUUGACACCAGCCUGCCAACAUCGCAUACAUAUCUGGGCGCUGAUAUGGAAGAGUUUCAUGGGAGGACUCUGCAUGAUGAUGACAGCUGUCAGGUAAUUCCAGUCCUUCCUCAAGUGAUGAUGAUCCUGAUUCCUGGGCAGACAUUACCACUGCAGCUUUCCCACCCGCAAGAAGUCAGCAUGGUGCGGAAUUUAAUUCAGAAAGACAGAACCUUUGCAGUUCUUGCAUACAGUAAUGCGCAAGAAAGGGAAGCACAGUUCGGAACCACAGCAGAGAUUUAUGCUUAUCGAGAAGAGCAGGAGUUUGGAAUUGAAGUAGUGAAAGUGAAAGCAAUUGGACGGCAGAGGUUCAAGGUCCUUGAACUUAGAACACAGUCAGAUGGAAUCCAGCAAGCCAAAGUGCAAAUUUUGCCAGAGUGUGUGUUGCCAUCAACCAUGUCUGCAGUUCAGUUAGAAUCACUCAAUAAGUGCCAGAUAUUUCCUUCAAAACCUGUCUCUUGGGAAGACCAAUAUUCAUGUAAAUGGUGGCAGAAAUACCAGAAGAGAAAGUUUCACUGUGCAAAUCUGACUUCAUGGCCUCGCUGGCUGUAUUCAUUAUAUGACGCUGAAACAUUAAUGGAUAGAAUUAAGAAACAGCUACGUGAAUGGGAUGAAAAUCUCAAAGAUGAUUCUCUUCCUGCAAAUCCAAUAGACUUUUCUUACAGAGUAGCUGCUUGUCUUCCUAUUGAUGAUGUGUUGAGAAUUCAGCUCCUUAAAAUUGGUAGUGCUAUACAACGACUUCGCUGUGAAUUAGAUAUCAUGAAUAAAUGUACUUCCCUUUGCUGUAAACAAUGUCAAGAAACAGAAAUAACAACCAAGAAUGAAAUAUUUAGUUUAUCCCUAUGUGGUCCAAUGGCAGCAUAUGUGAAUCCUCAUGGAUAUGUACAUGAGACACUGACUGUGUAUAAAGCUUCCAAUCUGAAUCUGAUAGGUCGGCCUUCUACAGUACACAGCUGGUUUCCUGGGUAUGCAUGGACCAUUGCCCAGUGUAAGAUUUGUGCGAGCCACAUUGGAUGGAAAUUUACAGCCACCAAAAAAGAUAUGUCACCUCAAAAGUUCUGGGGCUUAACUCGCUCUGCUCUGUUACCCACAAUUCCAGAAACUGAAGAUGAAAUAAGUCCAGACAAAGUAAUACUUUGUUUGUAAUUGUGCAUUGUAGGAGUAACUUCCUAACAAAUUAUUUUCUCAAGUCAGAUCUGCUCCAGAGGUCACUGUCUCUGAUGUGUAUAGUGGUUACAGCAUUUGACUACCAAGUUCAAGAGCACACUUGUUCAGAGGAUGAAAAAGGAGAGUAAAACACAAGAUUGGAUUCAGAAGUAUCAGCUUUGGUAGCUUGGUGCCAUUAAUUAUCCUGUUGAAUAUGUGUCAUUGAGGGAUAAGAAAACAUAUUUGAAACGAUGAGAAUGACUAUGGAACAGGAUUAGGGCACUGCUCCUCUAAAUGGUGAAUGUUCCACAAGCUUGGUUGGCAAGCACAAGACAGAGGCAAAGCAGUGUUUAUUAUUUUGAAAGGAACAAAGUCCUUUUAAUUUUCUUUAGCUUGUCUGAGAUACUGAUUUGUAAAUUUUGAAAAUAUUAAAGAGUAAAAUAAGCAGUUUGAACAGAAAAAAAAUA